AUGGCCCGGAUAGAUGAUACCGACGACCAGCCAGAUCCCAAACGCCCCCGACACUCCCUAGAAGAACCAACCCGGCACAUCCGGCGAAACCUCAAGAAAGACCCGGAAUUCCUCGGAGAGUCCAUCAAGGAGGAACCCCCGGCUACCCCCGCCACCCAAAACAAGCAACCAGCUCUGCCCAUUGAUGACGCUGCUGAUGAUGAGGAUGAGGCCCCAAUGAGCACCCCCGAUGACCCGGUGAUCCACAACAGUCCGCCAUCUCUGCGCGGACUUUCUCAGCAAGGACAGCAGCAACUCCAGCAAGGAGGCUAUGGCGAUACGGUGUCGCAGUCGGAGAGCCGCACACCGAGCUGUGAUUCGCCGGGAGCGGAGGGGAGCGCUGAUGAGCGCAACCGCCGUUCAAAGACUUGCCGCGUCUGCGGAGACCAUGCUACCGGCUACAACUUUAACGUUAUCACCUGCGAGUCGUGCAAGGCGUUUUUCCGCCGCAAUGCGCUCCGCCCGAAGGAGUUCAAAUGCCCGUACUCGGAGGACUGCGAGAUCAACCCGGUGAGCCGGCGAUUCUGCCAGAAAUGCCGACUCCGAAAGUGCUUUACGGUUGGCAUGAAAAAGGAGUGGAUCCUGAAUGAAGAGCAGCUUCGCCGGAGAAAGAACUCGCGCCUCAACCACACGGGGAGCCAGAAGAGCCUAAAGUGCGGCUCGCCGACACACAGCUUUGGUGGGGCCAUGACGCCGCCGAAGCCGAUGACGAUCGUCUCGCCCGAACAGCUACAAUUCGCCACCCCGCAGAACCGGCUCGAGAUGACGCCGCCCAUGAUCAGCCCCAGCUCGACUUCAUACGUGGUCUCACCGCCGGGUUCGCUCUCCGGCACGCCCGUAUCCCCUCCGUCCACCGGAAUUCUUACCCCGACCACCAACGCGGUGAAUGAUUACGAGCCGAACCUGCUGCUCCAGCAGCGGCUCGCCCAGCAGCGCCUCAGCAGCCUCAGCAUGAACACGCCAUCCCCGGUGAAUAUGCCAGCCACCGUGAGCAGCCCAAUGGGGAUGGGCACGAAUACCCGGAUGGACCCAGUGCGUAGUAACCAGAUCACCCUCUCGAUGGAGGAGUACUCGCAACUGCUCUUGGCUGCCAAGGGAAAUGGGGACGUUCAGACGCCACCAGCCUCGAUGGAUGAGCCACCAGCAAAGAGAGGCAGCUUUGGGCAGGGAAUGAUGGCAAAGCCUUAUAUCACUCCGAUGGCUCCGGUUACGACAAUGCCGAUGCCAGUGAUCCAACCCGGCUUCCCCGUCCCCAACGAGGCCACCCCACCAAUGAGCAGCUACCAGGAGCGCAUGAGCAACUACUUUGAUCAGACGAUCAUCGAUGCCCUGAACGUCGACAGCCCUGAUGGCCCAUCAGACUCUGGUGCCAUGCAGCCCGAUGGUUGCGAUCUGAACCGCUCGCUGCCGCGUGCCAACUACCAGCUCAACAUUGCGGAGCUGCGUGAGUUGGACAUGGUCAGGAGCGCAUUUUCGGGGAUGAACGAGCCGAUUGACCAUGGCAAGCCGAUGCAGACGUUCAUGAAAAAUGAUAAAAACCCCACCGACAUCAUGAACAUCAUGGACAUUGCCAUGCGUCGCAUUGUCAAGAUGUCGAAGAAGCUGCCCGCCUUCAACGAGAUCAGCCAAGACGGCAAAUUCGCGUUGCUCAAGAGCGGCAUGGUGGAGAUGUUGACCGUGCGUGGGGUCCGGCGCUACGAUGAUAGGUCGAACUCGUGGAGCACGCCGUCGCUGUCAACGGAGUACAAGGUUCCUCUCGGAAUGUUCGAUCGCCUGAAGGAGGGCGUCUGCGAGCUCCAGAAAGAGCGUUUCGUGUCGCUGUACAAAUUCUUCCACGAGGACCUGCGCCAGAAUGAGCUCGCCCUGGACUUGUUGAUGUUAAUGGUGCUCUUUACGCCCCGCCCAACCAUCAAAAACCCGCGCGACCUCCAUCUCAUCCAGCGCCAGCAUAGCGAUUAUGCCGCGCUGCUAAACCGGUACCUCGAGUCGAUCUACGGCGACGACGCGCGCAGCUUCAAUGACCAGAUCCCGCGCAUCAUGGAAAAGCUGCGACUCGCCGCCCAGAAUACGGCAGCCCUCUUCACCGGCAAGGUCAACAAAGACGAUGCCGAGCCACUGGCCAAGGAAUUCUUCUGCAACGACAGU